AUAUCUUCGAGUUGCCCUUUAGUAGUGGAGUUUGGCUCAGUUGUGGUGCGUUUGUGAUAAUUUAUUGGGCUUCAUUGGUUCUGUUCCGAUCAAUCACCAAAACGGAACCGUUCACCGUUCAGGAGUCGUUGUACUACAUGAUCGGGACGUUAUGUCAGCAAAAUGUAGAAUUGAUGCCACGUUUUAACUCGGCCAAGCUGGUAUUCUUUUUCGCACAUUUGACGAGCUUUUUUAUUUUCACUUCAUACUCGGCGAGUAUCGUUGCCCUGCUUCAGAGUCCAAGUCGGGCCAUAAAUUCGGUAGCUGACCUUACAGAUUCGCCUAUCAAGGUUGGUGCAAUGGAUACGACCUACGCUUAUGUAUAUUUCAAUGAAAGCAAAGAUCCUGAAGUCAAGAAGCUAUUCCUGAAGAAAAUGAAGCCUUUUGGAGAGAAGGCCUUCACCGAGCCUGACGUUGGUAUGAAACGUGUUCGAGAUGAGUUUUAUGCCUUUUCGGCCGAAGUCAACGCUGCCUAUCUGCUGAUCAAGGAAACGUUCACCCCGCAAGAUGUGUGCAAAGUCCACGAGCUGGAGGCCAUCAAGCUGCCACCGUUUUCGAUUCCCAUGCUUAAGGGCAGCAAAUACCGCGAGUUGUUCCGACAGCGACUCAUCUGGCAGCAGGAAGUUGGAAUCAAUCGACGCUUUAAUUUGAUGUGGAUCUCCCAGAAGCCCACGUGUGAAUCCGGUACGGCGACCUUUACUUCGGUUGGCCUGACUGAGUUGCGAUACGCUUACAUUUUCAUGGUUGUGGGAUUUGGGGUGGCUUUCACGUUGUUGGCAUGGGAAAUUACUUGGAACAAGCAAAGAAAAUAUUACCUCGGUAUUGAGGAUCGAUCGGAUCCGAUCCAUGAUCUGUUUGCAAAGGCAAACUAUCCCUUCAUCAAAGCAUUGAUGUACGAUCUUAACUUUACCCUAAACAUGCUUCAAGUGGACAGUGGAGGUUGGAAAAUUAAUGGAACAUUCACUGGAAUCAUGGGAAAGUUUCAGAAACGAUCGAUCGAACUGGGAAUUUUGGGAGCGCUGAUGAGAUCCGAUCGGAUGGAGGUUGUAGACUAUACAAUCGUUACGAUGAUCGUCAAAUCAAGCAUUAUUUUCAAGCAACCUCCACUUUCGUUGGUAUCAAACAUUUAUGAGUUACCGUUUAGCACUGGAGUUUGGUUCAGUUGUGGGGGAUUUGUAGUCUUCUAUUGGAUCACGUUGGUGUUGUUCAGGUUGAUCACCAAAACGGAACCGUUCACCGUUCAGGAGUCGUUGUACUACAUGAUUGGGACAAUCUGUCAGCAAAACGUUGAAUUGAUGCCCCAUUUUAACUCUGCAAAGUUGAUGUUCUUUUUCGCACAUUUGACGAGCUUUUUCAUUUUCACCUCCUACUCGGCAAGUAUCGUUGCCCUGCUGCAGAGUCCAAGUCGGGCUAUAACCACGGUGGCUGAUCUUGCAGCUUCUCCGUUCAAGGCCGGUUCGAUGGAUGCGAUUUACGCGUUUGUAUACUUUAACGAAAGCAAGGAUCCUGCAGUCAAGGAGCUGUUCCAGAAGAAGAUGAAACCUUUGGGCAAGAAGGCCUUCACCGAGGCCGACGUCGGUAUGCGGCGGGUUCGAGAUGAGUUUUAUGCUUUUUCGGUCGAAGUCAACGCAGCAUAUCUGCUGAUUAAGGAGACCUUCACCCCUCAGGACGUGUGCAAGGUGUACGAGCUGGAGGCCAUCAAGUUGCCACCGUUUUCGAUUCCGGUGCUAAAGGGAAGCAAAUAUCGUGAACUGCUCCGACAGCGACUCAUUUGGCAACGGGAGGUUGGCAUCAUUCGCCGAUACAACUUGAUUUGGAUCGCCCAGAAGCCCACGUGCGAGUCAGGAGCGGCUGCUUUCAAUUCGGUUGGCCUUAAUGAACUGCGAUACGUGUGCAUCUUCAUGAUCAUUGGGUUUGGAGUGGCAUUUUUGCUGUUGGCUUGCGAGAUUGCUUGGAAGAAACAGCAAAAUAAGCGAAUCGCGAAAGCUAAGCUCAAACAACAGCAAAGUCGAAGCACUUUGAUUUCGUUUCUGAACUAACAAAUUAAGAGAUAUUAUGAUUGGAUCAACAAACGUGAUUUAAGAGCACGUGUGGUACAAAAUGUUUUACGAAUUUGGGAUUUUACAACCUAAUCAUAUAUUGAGGAUCAUGCAAUUUUAUAGAACAAAAUUCAACUACCAAAAACUCUCUUCUAUGUGAGAUAUUUUUGUCUGUUUUUAAUCAAAAUGUAGAAUUUGAGUGAUUAAAUAACAGCCUUGGUUGAAUAAAAUUGAUUAUUUUUUCAAUUACCCGCUAAAUAUAAAUAUCUACAAAAGUUUUGCACAACGCAGGAAAGCGUUGAAAUUGAAUAAAAAUCUCGGGGCUCGAUGAUUUCAAUUUGUUAUCCAAAUAGAACGGCGUAUUGUAAUUUGAAUCAUAGAUAAAGAGUAUUAUGCUGUUCAGGUUUAAUUAAAAAUAAAACAUCAUGAUUUUCAGUGCGUAUGUCUAUUCAACAAAUGUUUCUCUGAACCGUUUACAUUUUUUCUUUUCCAUUGUUCGAAUAAGACUGGUAGCGACCAACAAUUCGUAAAGCUUUUUUUUUAUUCUCUCGAGAAACAGUCCAACAUCAUGUUUUUUUUGUUACAAUUUUUAGUUUCUUUAUUUUGAGUAUUUUAAUUACACAUUAAUUUAAGGUUCAGCAUACUGCCAAUGUUUUUUUUUCAAGACCCGUUUUUAGAGCUGCAAUUCAAUUUGGAGUGUGGAACUUUUUAUAAUCUUUUUUUUAUUUAAUUAUUUCUGAUCUAGCGUUAUGAAGUACAAUCACGUUGAUGUAAAUAUUCGCAGAUGAGUUUUUUGUUCUUUGCUUACAAAUAUAUAGGUAUCAUUUUGUAUUCAGUAAAACUGCUAACCAUUACACUUAACAAGUAGUCAUUUUUGAACAAAAGUAAUCGUUAAAUGGCAUUAAAAACUUAUAUCAAAAGACAAUUAACGUUUUGCAACAGAUUAUAAAAUAACUUACGAGAUUUUUUGGUUUCACUAUCGAAUGCCAUCCGUUGAAAAUGCAGAUCGUAAAAUUUCUUAAUACUUACAAAGUGAAGUUGUAAACGAAUAGUUUAACGGAUGUCUUAUGGCGAUGGUAACGUUUUGUUUCUUUUACAAUUAACCACAUAUU